CCUGGUGAGCGGCAGACAGUGGUGAGCACAGCUAUGGCCCGGCCUCUGUUUGGCGGUGCAUUAUCAGCUGUUAUUCCCCCCAGUGUCCAGGAUAUCAGUGAACUGAGACAGAUCCCUGAUAAUCAAGAAGUGCUUGCUCACGCUCGGACAGAUCAGAGUAUUAUCAUUGAACUGCUGGAGUACCAAAGCCAAGUGCAAGAUGCUGACGCAGCCAGGUAUCACUUUGAGGACGUGGCCGCAAGUAACAAGGCGGUAGAGAACGGCUCCUGGGAGGUCAGAGGGGUGGAGCAGGUCCCUCAGUCAGAGCUAACAAUGCAGGAAUGCAGCUCUGCCUGGCUACUGUCUGGAGCUCAGCUGGUCUCUAAAUUCAAUGAGGAGGCCAAGAACACUGUGAACAUUCACCUGUGCUUGUUUCGUCUGCCGCAGUACACCACUGACAUCUUAGUGACGUUUAACGAUCCUGUUUGUAUCAAUCCCCUCAGCAGCAGUGCCGUUGAAAAUGUGGCUGCUGUACCAUGGACACUACAGGACUUCAAAGGUGUUCUGCAGUCAUUCUGUCUACUUGACCCUGGAGUGUUUGGGUAGAUGCUUCACGUACACAUUUAAAUGCAGUUGGUUUCCAUUAAAAAGCUUUUUUUUCCCAGAGGCUUUUACAGUUAUGCCUUUACAGUGACUGAACAGAUUAAAAAACGUUAACAGGUUAAACUGGCUAAAACACAGCUAGAAAGCUAGAGCCUCUAUAAAAUAUUUUUUUCUUUGAAGUGCAAGUACAAGGCUUAGCAUUUGUCUGAUUCAUAAGUGAGGAUGUACAAAUAGAGAAUCUUGAGUUACUGGUAAAAAGCAAAAAUAAAAAAAAUUUUAUAAUAAGAAAACAUUGUCUUCCUGAAACUGACUCACAUUUGAAAUCCGGUGUUUACUCAACUUGUUGCAUAUUUAGUUCAGUAAAAUUUCUCUGGAGUUUUCUUGUGGUUCUCUUAAAUGUUUGCAGUCAUCAUUGUCUUUUGUUUGCAGAUUCAAACAUCUCCAUUAUUUGACCACAAACCUAAUGUUUAACAACUUAACUGACACUCCAUGUUGAAACUCAGGUUUUCCUGAGUUACUCUGAAAUGUAAGACACUUUAACUCACUUAUCUUUAACUUGCCUAUCAUUCUGAAAGAGUGUAAGCACUAUUAAGAAAUGUAUAAUUUUGGGCCUUUAUUUAAAAAAUAGCACAAUCAGAACCUUUCACAACAAGGUUGUAAAUGAUAAACCUAUAGGUACAGGGAUCAAAAUGAAAACAAAAUGUAUUUUGAUGCAAGUAGAAUAUGCCCAUAGUUAAUCUGAUGAACUACACUUGUAAACCUAUAGAAAACUCUUCAUAAAUGCAUUAA